AUGGAAAUCUCACCAGAAUCACGCGACGCGACAAUGCCAGAAGAGCACCAUAUUGUCAAGGCCGAUGAAGUCGACCAGACGGGAACCGAUAUCUCGCCAGUCUCCGAUGACCAACUGAUGGAGGAAGUGGCAGAGGAAUUGCGACAAGAGCAGGUACAAGAGCAAGCUGCUGAAGCUAUGCAUACCAUUGGAUCGGAUGAUGCACCGCCAGAAAAGAACAUGAAACGACCUGAGUUGCGUCGAGACAACCCAGUAGCUCCUCCACCGCCGCUCCAACCACCUCCACCAGCCCCGGUACAGCAGAAUGCGGAACAAGCCACGGACUCUCUCAGCUUGGCACAGUUGCGACGACUUGUCCAGGAGAUGCCGAAGGUGGAACAACCGGCGUAUGCGUUUGAGUAUGCGGACUCACAGGCAUUCCCCGAGGAAUUGGACGAGUGGUUCCAAUACAACGAUUUCGACCGUGUCAUGUUGAAGGGUAUGAAAAUGACUUUUGAUCGCCAGUGGAGCAUCUUCUGCCGGAAUCAAGAAUCACAGGCCCUAGAUCUAUCUUGGGUGGAUGCCUCAGACAAUCAGCGUCGAAAAUUCAUGGUACAGUCUCUCGAUAAGCUACAAUACCCUGAGAUAUCGGUACGGAUAGAGGCUUUGGAGAAUAUCUGUUAUGCUGUGACAGGUGUCUGGGGCCUCACUGCUGGAAGGCCUAUGCCAGACUAUCCCACAAAUCCAGACACUAAGACCGCUGCAGAAACACCGCGGUCAAAAUCGCUACAGAUUGAAUGGAUCGAAAAGAACGUUUCACUCAUUCAGCAGUGCGCAGGAAUUCCGUUGCUGGUUAAGAGGCUGUCAGAAUUAUUUGGUCGCGCUCGUCACUCACAGACUGAUCAAGAUGGAUCGGAGUUUGAGCGACUCCACCCUGGCGAUAUCCCCGCACCUGAACGUGAAGCCAACCUGGUGCUGACAUUACUGUAUUUCUCGAUUGAGAUCGGCCGUAGACAAGAGGCCCGAGAUCCCCAAUUCACUUUAAUCCGUGAUGCAUUAAGCGAGUCGGACCCUUGCUUGCUGGUUACCAUUGUGGAAAUAAUUGCACGACUUCGAUGGGACGAGACCGCCAAUAUUCCUCUCACUCGCAUUAUCCUUCUGCUAUGGAAAUCUUUGCUUCUGGUGUUUGGUGGCAGUGCUCAAUUGAAGAAAGCCAAGGAGUUGUUGGAGCCAUCUAUGUCUCCUGAUGAGAAUUCCAUCAGCCGCAGAGGGCCAUUUUUGCAUGCAUCGCCCCUCGACUACCACCUUUUCCGCCAGGAAAUUACGUCCAAAUACCCUGCCUAUAACCCUCCACCCCCCAUUGUUCCUCUAGAAUUAGAGAACAAUUCUAUCUUACCGCCUUUUCCACACCAUCCUGCCAGGGGUAACACCUCUAGCGGUCUGUUUUGUGGAGUCGGACCAUCCAUUGCCGGCGGAAAUGGUUCUAUUCUUCAACAAGCUGUUCAUAUUGCAACCCCGGCACCAUCUCCGCCUCCAUCACCGGGUGGCCCUGGAGGCAAAGGUGGCAAGAAACAAAAUUACCAGACCAACCAGAACUUUCCCCUAAUGUACCCUCCCUUAGAUGACACUAGCAACAAGAUUGGUGGCAAAGGUACGACUGAACGCCAGGAUGUUUUGGUUGGAAAACGAUGGGAAGGAAGCGAUGUUCCCGCUUCAAUUAUCGAGGCUGGCCGACUGUUCUCUACUCAUGUCAAAAUGGCCCGGGCGAUGAGACAGCUGUGGGAGGAGCGUGAAAACUUCAUGAAGUACGACCGAGGCUGGAAUCUAUCGCCCGAGGAUCUACGUGACGAAUUGGAUCAAUUGAAUAUGUCCUCCGACCCUGAAGCUUCCCAGACCAGGAAAUCGACAAAGCAAACAGAUGAUCCCGAUACGCAACGACGACUGGAUGCCGUGGAGAGCUUCUAUGCUCAAACACUGGUCCACCUCCAAUCGAUUACGAUUGUCUUUUUGAAGAUCAUUCUGACCAAUGUCAGUGCCGUGGUCAACCAGGCAGCUUCCCAGACUAUGAGCAACGGGCACGGUCUUGAUGGAUCUUCGACGGAGCUUUUCUCUGACGCCUCUGUCGACGAGCUUGAUAACAUCCGGCUGCGGGAAAUCACCUCCAAAGCCGUUUCUGGCACUUUACUUCUUCUCGUAAAAUGGUUCAAGCGGUCUCACGUUUUAAAGUUCGAGUAUAUGACCCAGCUCUUGCUAGACUCGAACUACCUGCCAUUGAUCCUGAAGAUGUUUGCUCAUCAAGAUGUGGAUCAAACGGUGGCGCAGAAAAACGACCGUGAUGACCUGUCCUUCUUCCAUUUUUGCCGCGACAAUACCGAUCAUGCAUCAGGUAUCGAUGAGCCUGAUUGUGGAGACACCGAAAGCGAGGAUGAAGCCGCGCCGCCACCGAUCUCCCGAAAUCGCCCUAAUCUGUUUCGCGCAAACACCUCGGUGCGUAACCUUUCGCCCGAGGAAACUGCCGCCGGGUCAAAUGGCCCUGCUAGGCCCGAAGUCGAUGAACUAGGCUACCCCACAGCCCCUCUCCCCAAGGAGCCAAUAACGGUCUUCUCAUUCCGCAAUUUCUUCUCCGCCAUUAAUUACCUCCACAUUAUGCAAAAGAUCACGCGCGACAAGGCACAUCGCUGUCUGCUUCUUGUGCAGUAUAAAUCUAGCACAAUUCUACGAAAGGGCCUUAAGAUUCCUGACCCCCACCUCCGAUUCUACACACUCAAGCUCUUCAAAUCACAGGUGCCGUACUGCGGCCGAAAAUGGCGACAAAGUAACAUGCGCGUUAUCACCGCCAUUUACUUGUACUGCAAACCCGAACUGCGGGAUGACUGGCUCGCAGGUUCGGAUGUCGAAGGUGACGUCGAGGUGGCUUUGCCACUGGAACAGGCUCUUCGGGGACUGACGCACUGGUGGCAUUUGCGUCAGUACAAGGGUGUGAUGGGUGGCCCUGAAGGUACCGCCAUUAUGGAAGAGGAGCGUGAUUUCUUCGUUCGUGAGCUGGAGUCGAUGGGCUGGGGUUUUACUGAUGACAUGGUUGGGGAUGAAUCGGAUAUGAGUAAUCCCGUGAUGAAUGGAACGGAGUGGGAUGGUGGAUUGCAGACGGAAGGCUGGUCAUGA